AUGCUUUCUUUAGCUCUGGUAUACUUCAUAGCUGCACUUUGUACAGCCAGAAGGACGCAUGCUGUACCCUUGUAUCCAGACUCCAGCUUGGAGCCACAGGCAGAAUUUAUUCAGAAGCUUGUAACAGAGGUGGAGGAGGGAGGCAACACUGCAGAAGUGGAACAGAGAGAGAUGAACAACCUGUAUCCUCUGCUAAUGCAACACAGAGUCAAAGAGUCUGCCAAAGAGGAAAAAUAUACUAACAUGGUUGAAGACCUGAAAGAAGUAAUUUUAAAGAUGGCUGCUGCUGACAAGCUUCGCUCUCAGGGUUUUAUAAGAUCGGAGCAGAGCCUGCCAAAAACAAACAAAAGAGCAUGUUUCUGGAAAUAUUGUGUCACCAAUUGA